UAGUUCCCCAACCAGGGAUUGAACCUGUGCCAGGGGCGUGGAGUCUUAACCACUGGACUGCCAGGGAAGUCCCACAUUAUUUUUUAAACUGUGGCAGAAUAUAUGAGACACAAAAUUUGACAUUUUAACCAUUUUUAAGGGUGCAGUUCAGUAGCAUUAAGUAUAUUCCCAAUGGUGUGCAACCACUGCCAAUAUUUCCAAAAAUUUUUCGUCACCCCAAAUAGAAACUUUAUACCCCAGUAAGCAAAAACUCAUUCUCCUUCCAACCCUCCCAGCCCGUGGUAACCGCUAAUCUACUGUCUGUCUCUAUGAAUUUACCUAUUCUAGAUAUUUCAUAGAAGCAGGAUCAUAUAAUAUGUGUCCUUUUGCAUCUGGCUUAUUUCACUGAGCCUCAUGUCCUCAAGGUCCAUCCAUGGUAUAGCCUGUGUCAGAAUCUCUCUCCUUCUUAAGGCUGAAUAAUGUUCCAUUGUACGGAUGGACCACAUUUGUUUAUACGCUCAUCCUUUGAUGGACAUCUGGGUUGUUUCCAACUUUUGGCUAUUGUGAAUCACGUUUCUACGAGCAUGGACAUACAAAUAUCUCUUAGAGUCCCUGCUUUUCAGUUCCUUUGGGUAGAUAUCUAGGAGUGGAAUUGCUGGGUGAUAUGGAAUUAUGUGUUCAGCCUUCUGAGGAACCGCCAAACUGAUUUCUGCCACAUAUGUAAUUUUCAACUUUUUACCAGACACAUUAAAAAGAAUAGAAAGGUACCAGUAAAAUUAAUUUUAAUGCUAUAUCUUAUUUCACCCCAUACAUCCAAAGCAUUAUCUCAAUAUGUAAUCGACAUAGAAAAUUACUAAUGAGAUACUUUACAUAGGAUAUUUUCCAUUCUUUCUUUCAUAUGAAAUCUUGGCAGUCUGGCAUGUAUUUUACUCUUUAAGGACGUUUCUAUUUGGAUGCUAAAUUUUCAACGGCUGGAGUGAAAGGGGUAGUGUUUAAUUAAAAAAAAACAAACUUGUUUUACGUUGUUCAGUUUUUAAAUUUACAUUUGAAAUUUACUGACAUUCCCAAUUUCUGUUCCUCUGUUGCAUUAGCCACAUGGGCUAGUGGCCCCCAUAUUGGACGCUGCAGAUUUAGACCCAGCUACUUAAUUCUGGAACCUGUUUUUUAUCAGGCAGACAUAGAUUUACCAUGAAGUGGAUGAAGCUUAAGCUUCAGGGACCCCUAAAUAAAGAUUACUUUCUGUAUCUAAGUCUGGACUCAAUUUUCUUUGCCGUUUCUUAGAGAGGCUCCCAAAAUAUGGAAGUUCAGCUUCCAGAAAACCUGGAUCCACCCUGCAGAGCUGUGCCAAUACAGUGGCUUUAUUCAUUUUUUUAAAUUUUUAUGUUAAUUUUAUUGGAGUAUAGUUGAUUUGCAAAGUUGUGUUAGUUUCAGGUGUACAGCAAAGUGACUCCGUUAUACAUAUACAUAUAUUCAUUCUUUUUCAGAUUCUUCUCUCAUAUAGGUUAUCACAGAAUAUUGAGUAGAGUUCCCGGUGCUAUACAGUAGGUCCUUGUUGGUUAUCUGUCUCGUAUAUAGUAGUGUGUGUGUGUUCAUCCCAAGCUCCUGAUUUAUCCCUCCCCACCACGUUUCCCCUUUGGUAACCAGAAGUUUGUUUCCAGUAUCUGUAAGUCUAUUUCUAGUUUGUAAACAUGUUCAUCUGUAUCAUUUUUAAUUAGAUUCCACAUAUGAGUGACAUCACAUGCUACUUGUCUUUCUCUGUCUGACUUACUUCACUUAGUAUGAUAGUUUCUAGGUCCAUCCAUGUUGCUGCAAAUGGCAUGAUUUCAUUCUUUUUCAUGGCUGAGUAAUAUUCCAUUGUAUAUAUGUACCACAUCUUCUUCAUCCAUUCCUCUGUGAACGGACAUUUAGGUUGCUUCCACGUCUUGGCUAUUGUAAAUAGUACUGCAGUGAACACUGGGGUGCAUGUAUCUUUUCAGAUUAUGGUUUUCUCCUGAUAUAUGCCCAGGAGUGGGAUUGCUGGAUCAUAUGGUAGUUCUAUUUUAAGUUUUUUCAGACAAAGAUGCCCUAAUACCAAAACCAGGCUUUUAUUCAUUUUUCACAACUGCAUAGUAUUCCGUUGUCAGAAGGGACCAUAAUUCGACCAGUCCCACAUCAAUGGACAGGUAGCUUAUCCAAAACGCCCUUGUUUUGUUGGCAUGUCUGUGGGCCUUUGCACCAAUCCCUCUGGCCAGAGGGUGAGUGUGUUUCAAAUAAUGAGUCAUUAUCCCUCAUUUCCCUUUUUUAGAAAUUCUAGAGCAGCACAUGCUGUCCAGUAGAAACAGAACACAAGCCGCACAUGUAAUUAAUAUUUUUCUAGUAGCCACGACUUUAAAAAUGUAAAAGACGCAGGUGAAAUUAAUUUUAAUAAUAUGCUUUCUUUAACCCAACAGAUCCAAAGUAGUAUUGUUUACAUGUGUAAUGAACAGAGGAAGUAUUGAGACAAUUUUACUGUCUCGCUCUCGUCCUAAGUCUUAGAAACCAGGGGUGUAUUUCACACCCCCAGCACACCUAACUCGGACACUCAGUUUUCGUCGUAGAUCCUGGAUCUGUAAUUAGACUCCAUAAAAAUGUCUCGCUGGAGCAGAUUUGCCCUUCCAGGAGGUCCCAAAUGUACUGUCAAGUUUUUCCAAUCAUUGAAUUGUCUAUCAGAGGCUGUUUUUGGCUUUGCCUUUACUUUUUAUCUUGAAGUUGUCUUCGAUUUACAGAAGAGAGAACCUUUUUUAAAUUUAAUUUAGCAUUAAAAACUCUGUCCAACACAACAGCUGCAUUUCAAGGACUCAAGAGCCAUAGGGGUGCACGCGAUGGUGCAGAUAUAGAACAUUUCCACAAUAGCAGAAAGUUCUAGUGGACAGUGCCAGGCUGUAGAUCAGAGCUCCACCUGCAAAGAGGGAGAGGAGUUUGGAAUUACAUUAAGAGGAGAGAGUUUGGAUUCUGGAUCGUAAGGGCUGUAGCUGUGUGUAUUUGGGCACGAGACAUAUCUAUCGCUCAGAACCUCCGUUUUCUUAUCUGUAAAAUGGGUGUCUCCAGGGCCGCAGGAAGUGGAGAGGGGCAGGGCCGAAGUCCUAGAUUCCGCUCUGGUGGUUGGGGUUUGGAGUCUGGGAGGACUUUGUGACCGCCUGCAGGAACGGAAAGGACCGGGGAGUGGAAAGACAUCGGCCAGGCCAAGAGGCCGCCCAGGAUCCCCCAGUGCGGGACCAGGGGGGCCAUCUUUGGACGCUUAUUCCCUGAGCACUUCCUGUGCUCUCCCCAUAAACUUGUCAGGCUCUCCGUCACCUCCGGACCUUUGCGUUGGCUGUUUCGUCCACCAGGAAUGCCCUUUCCCCCAACUCCUACACUACCUGGUGAGCCCUCAGAUAACCUUCCAACGUAAUCACAUUGUACCUCUCCCAGGCAGAGCCCUGGCUCCAAGCCUCAGCUCCAGGGCACUGGGGAGCAUCUUGUAACCAGCUCUGUCUUCUCCCUAGGCUGGGAAAGACUCUGGGAAAGCUGGGAAAGGGCAGGGUCAAGGUCAAGGUGGGACCUGAGAGCCAUUGGAAUCUAUCCCAGGUCCAGAGAUCAUGUAGCCUAGUGGGUAGGAAUAAGUGGACUCUGAAGCUAGAUGCUUUCUGUUGGAAUUACAGUUCUGCCGUUUUCUUGCAUUGAGUCCUUGGCCUCAGUUUUCUCGUCUGUAAAAUAGGGAUGAGGACAGUGCCUCCUACCUCAGGACUCGUAAAGAUGAACUUGGGUAACCUGCAUGUGCCCGCUCGGCAUGUGUUAUUAUUUUUGUUAGCAGUGAUGCUGUGUUCACUGUCCCCUCCUCCCAGCUCCUCUCUGACCCAUGGAUCCACCUGGCUGGGCCAAGGUAAAAUGUUCCUGCCACCACUGUCUCCCCGGGCUGUUGCUGCAGCUGCUUCUGGCUCCGUGCUUCUCCUCCUACCUGCGUGUGUCCCGAGACAAGCCCACAUGGGUCCCCGAAUUGGGGGCCCCCUCCCAGGCCACUGCGGGGCCCUCCACCCGCCCGCCUCUGCGUCUCCUGCUGUGGACGUGGCUAUUCAACACCCCAGUGGCUCUGUCCCACUGCUCGGAGAUGUGGCCCGGCACAGCCGACUGCCACCUGACUGUCAACCGCAGCGAGUACCCUCGGGCGGAUGCGGUCUUUGUGCGUCACCGAAAGGUCAGCUCCAGGCCUAAGGCACAGCUCACGCCUUCCCUGCGGCCCCCCAGCUAGCGCUGGGUCUGGUUCAGCAUGGAAUCGCCCAGCAACUGCCCCAAACGGAAGGCCCUGGACGGAUACUUCACCCUCACGGUGUCCUACCGCCAGGACUCAGAUAUCUUCACGCCGUACAGCUAGCGUGAGCCAUGGCCUGGCCAGCCUGUGGACACACUGGUGAACGUCUCGGCCAAGACCAAGCUGGUGGCCUGGGUGGUGGCCAACUGGAGGGUGGACUGUCGGGUGCAGUCCUAUCAGAAGCUGCAGCCUCACCUCCAAAUGGAUGUGUAUGGACGCUCCCACAUGCCACUGCCCCGGGAGGUCAUGACCAACAGGCUGUCCCAGUACAAGUUUUACCUGGCUUUCAAGAACUCCUUGCACCCUGACUAUAUCACAGAGAAGCUGUGGAGGAACGCCCUGCAGGCCUGGGCAGUGCCAGUGGUGCUGGGCCCCAGCAGGAGGAACUAUGAACAGUUCCUGCCACCUGAAGACUUUCAGAGCCCCAAGGACUUGACCCAUUAUCUGCUGGCGCUGGUCAAGGACCACACCCUCUACCCGAGCUGCUUCCGCUGGCGGGAGACGCUGCGGCCCAGAUCCUUCAGCUGGGGCUUGAUGUUCUGUCAGGCCUGCUAGCGGCUGCAACAGAAUCCCAACUACCGGACGGUGCCCAGUAUCACGUCUUGGUUCACGUGAGCCAGCCAGCCUGGGGCCUGGGCUGCUGGGCAUCUGGGGGCCUUGGUGGGUGGAGCGCUCCCUUACCUGGGGCUUCCCCUGCUGGGCCCCUCUGCUGCCAGGAAUGUUGCUUCCGUGGGACCUCGCUUGCUAGGAGCUUCACCUGCUGGGGGCGGGGGUGUCAUCUACCAGGGGCUGUGGCUGCUGGGCACGCACCAAGACACCCCCUGGGGAACUGGCCUUGGUGCCCCGCCCACUGGUGAUGGCUCUGGUGGAUGGGCCUGUGAGUACUGCUGCUUUGUCAAUGAACCGCCUCGGGGGUAUGCAGUUUGGCAAUACUGACACCAUUUUCGAGA